AAUUUUCCUUCUCACCCCCGGAUUCCAUUUCCCCAUCCACCAGGGCUGCCUAUAAAGAGCAGGGGAGAUAGCCUCACACUUCAGAAGGACGCAGGCAGCAACGGGUGCCCGAUCCCGUCUCAGCUCCGCUGACACUCGAGCCCGCACUCCAUCUGCUCAGCAUCAUGAAGGUCCCCGUGGCUGCCCUUGCCGUCCUCCUCUGCACCACAGCCCUCUGCAGCCAGGUCUUCUCUGUACCAUUUGGCGCUGACACCCCCACCGCCUGCUGCUUCUCCUAUGUUGCCCGGCAGAUUCCACGCAAAUUCGUAGCCGACUAUUACGAGACCAGCAGCCGGUGCUCCAAGCCUGGCAUCAUCUUCCAAACCAAAAGAAGCCGGCAGGUCUGUGCCGACCCCGCUGAGGCUUGGGUCCAGGAAUACGUGACCGACCUGGAGCUGAAUGCCUGAGUGGCCUGGAAGCUUUGAGGAGCCCAGUGACCUCGCUGGGCCGACUGGGGAGCAGCGGCCUGAGCCUUAGAAACACCCCUGUAACCUCCGCAGCUACCUCUCCUGUGUGCUGCUUGUUGCCAAACAGCCACACUCUGGGACUCUUCCUAACUUAAAUUUCAACUUAUUUAUAGUAUUUAAUUUUUGUAAUUUAUUUUCCGUGUCACACUGUAUUUGGGACUGUUGGCUCCAAGAGAACUCAGGACACCUUCUUCACUGCCCCUCUCUUCCCCCUUCACUUGCACUGUGAUUGGUGACAAUUGAGUGACUGUCACCAGCUUGUUCUAGGCAGAGGUGGCACCAAAGCCACCAGACUGACAAAUGUGUGUUAGAUGUUUCUGUUCAGUGCUGUGUUCAGCCUGGAGAAAUAAUAAACAUGCUCUUUUAAAAA